GAAGCUGCAGUUCCUAGGGGAGGGAUCGACGGACGCCUGGCUCCUCACCCGUCCCUCUCCGGACUCGGCCUGAGCUGGUGGCCCUCCGGCCGGUCCUGGGAGGACCAUGUCCGGGCUGGGGCUGCUGCUGGGCCUGCUGCUGGGCGCCUCCUCCGUGCGAGCCCACAGUAAGGUGUUUGGCGACGUGGACCAGGUCAGGAUGACAUCCGAAGGCUCUGACUGCCGCUGCAAGUGUAUCCUGCGGCCCCUGAGCAAGGAUGCCUGCAGCCGCGUCCGCAACGGCAGCAUGAGGGUGGAGGACUUCUACACGGUGGAGACCGUGAGCUCGGGACCGGACUGCCGUUGCUCCUGCACCGCUCCCCCUUCCUCUCUUAACCCUUGUGAGAAUGAGUGGAAGAUGGAGAAGCUCAAAAAGCAAGCUCCGGAGCUCUUCAAGCUUCAGUCAAUGGUGGACCUGCUAGAGGGCACGCUCUACAGCAUGGAUCUAAUGAAGGUGCACGCCUACAUCAACAAGGUGGCUUCCCAGAUGAACAGUCUUGAAGAGACCAUUAAGACAAACCUCAGUCGGGAGAAUGACUUCAUGAAGGAAAGCGUCAUGCAGCUGACCAACCAGAUGAAGCGCUACGAGAACUACUCUGACAUCAUGGUCAGCAUCAAGAAGGAAAUCUCCAGCCUGGGCUAUCAGCUGCUGCAGAAGGAUGCUGCAGCUGCCACCGCCCCUUCAGGCAAAGCCCAGAACACAGCUGAGAGUAAAGGCAAGGAAACAAACAAGUACCCCAGUGUCCGGAAGAGUUUUGGGGACAAGGUGACUCCUAAAGUGUCCAAGGAGAAGCUGUUGAAGGCAGAGAAAUUGAAGAAGGAGACUGUUAAGGGCAGAGCCCUCCAGCCCACCUCCAAGCCUCGGCCCUCACUCCACCAGCAGGCAGUGAUUCGGGGCAUCACCUACUACAAGUCCGGAAAACAAGAACAGGCGGAGGAUGGGACUGGUGGCCGUGAAAACACCCUCCGAGAUGGGUCCCGGGCAGAGCAGCAGGAAAACCUAUUGGAGGCAAGGAAAGCCGAGCCAAACUCUUCAGAGCACCGUGAGGAGAGAACCGAGAGCAGAGCGGGCCCCAGGCCUGAGACUACUGCUGACCCCACCGUCCAACCUUCCACUACCAGCACAGCUGCCACUUCCACUUCUGCCUCUACCCCUAUACCCACCACCACUGCCCUGUCCAUCAGACACAACUUUGAAGACCCUGUGGAUCCAGAAGCUCCAAACCAAGUUAGAGAGAUGGUGUGUGAGGGCACCAUCCGGUCUGUGGAUGCCCCCAUAAAGCAGCACAGCUACGGGCGGAACGAGGGAGCGUGGAUGAAGGACCCCACAGCCAGGGAUGACAAGAUCUAUGUCACAAACUACUAUUAUGGAAACAAUCUGGUGGAGUUCCGGAACCUGGACAACUUCAAGCAAGGUCGCUGGAGCAACCUGUACAAGCUUCCGUAUAAUUGGAUCGGGACAGGCCACGUGGUUUUCAGGGGGGCUUUCUACUACAACCGUGCCUUCACCAAGAACAUCAUCAAAUAUGACCUCCGGCAGCGCUUCGUGGCCGCCUGGACCCAGCUGCCGGACGUGGUGUACGAGGACACAACCCCUUGGAAGUGGCGGGGCCACUCGGACAUCGAUUUUGCCGUGGACGAGAGUGGGCUGUGGGUCAUCUAUCCCUCCGUAGACUAUGAUUUCUCGCAGCAGGAGGUGAUCGUCCUGAGCCGGCUGGACCCAGCCGAUCUCUCCGUCCGGCGGGAGACCACGUGGAAGACCAGGCUGCGGCGGAACUCCUAUGGCAACUGCUUUCUCGUCUGCGGGAUCCUGUAUGCCGUGGACGUGUACAACCAGAGGGAAGGGCAGAUCUCCUAUGCCUUUGAUACCCACACCAAUACCGAAGUCAACCCCAAGCUGUCCUUCCUCAACGAGCACGCCUACACCACCCAGAUUGACUACAACCCCAAGGAGAAGGUUCUCUAUGCCUGGGACAAUGGGCACCAGGUCAUCUACAACCUACAUUUUGUGGUCUGAGGUCUGAGCCCCUCUCUCCGCCAGCCCCCAUGUUGGGAAGCAUCUUUUUUUGUUUUGUUUUGUUUGAGUGGUCACAGGAUGUGGCCCCCAAGAUGGCCUGCAGCAGUAUCCAUAGUCACUCGCCCCAGCCAGGCUGCAGACCCAGGGUGGAUCUGGGUGUUGUUUUGAAUGUGGAGGGACAGGAUGGCAGAAGAGCCCAAUUCCCCAAGGCCUUCACCAAGACUAGUGCCUAUCAGGAAAAGAUAGAGAGCUACUGCAUCCUUGAAAAUAGGACAGAGCGAAGAAAUGGCCACUCCUUAAAGGGCCUCCAGUGGAGCACCAUCCCUCCCCCUUCCACUUUCCAUGUGUUCCCUCCUUUGGCCCUAACGGUUCUUGCUGCCAUUCUAGCAGCUUUUCGCCACUAACACACACCAAAAAUUGGUAGAGGUCAGGGCAAGGAGACAUGAACCUUUGGCAAAUAAUCCCCAGCAAGGUCUUUUGUGAGAUGCAUUGGGCAAAAAGAUACCUUUUCUAGAAAUCCAGGGCUAACUUACUGCAUGGAAAAUAAAUAUGUAUGAUCAUAUAUGUAUUACAUAUACAUAUAUAUUUAAAUGUAAGAUACAGGCAAGUGAGAGACAAAGUGUCCAUUUAGUUUUACCUCAGGUCACUAGGGCCCAAUCCCUCUAACCUGCAUUGUUUCCCAGCCUGAGCAAUUAACACUUUCCCCUGCCUAUCACUGAUAUAUUUGUGCUCUGCUUCCUCUUCGCCUGCUGGAUCAAUCAAUUAAUGGUAUUUACUGGGUGCUUACUGCAUGCAGAGCACUGUACUAAGCGCUUGAGAAAGUACAAUCCAACAGUUAGCAGACGCAAUCCCUGCCCAUAAAGACCUUACAGCCAGAUAAAUUUAAGCCACUCUUCGGCCAGUAUUCAUUUCUGUCUUUCUCUGUCUCUGUCUCUCUCUCAACUCAGGGAGGUGCCUGGUCCAGCACCCAUUCCAAACCUCUAGGGUCACCCACAGAAAUCACGCUCCAAAAAACAAAAACAUAAAAUCCAGUUCCAAGGUCCUCUCCCUUUUUCUACAUAUAUCUUUUUUUAUUGUAUUCAUAAAUGUCAUCAUCUGUUUCUGCUGCCCAGGGGCCAAGAAUUUUUCAGGCGAAUCAGUACAAAAAAAUGUCCAGGCUGGUCAGCUGAGUGUGAAGGGCUGAUUUUGAAGACUGAUUGUACCUGAGUUUUCUACUCAGACUAUCACUACCAUUGCAUUUCCAGCAUCUUGUGAUUCCCAGGAUCAAAUCUAGUCAUUCCUGGGGCCAGACCUGAUCAACUUCCCAGUUUUCCUGCCCCACCCCCUGGGGUCUUCUUCUAUUUGGGGGAAGGGAGGGCACAAGUGAAAGAGUAGAACAAUCCAGCUUUACAGACACACUAAUAGAGCAACUGAGUCUCAUCAUAUGCCCCAGUCCUAGACAGAAUUCUUUCUUCAUCAGGCUGUCCCCAAGUGUUUUUUCCUAGAAAACCCCAAUCCAUGCUAUGCUCUUCACUUCCUCACUGGAGUUCUUUAAUCAGUGCAGCUUUUUCACACUGGAGUGUUUUGAGGGAUGGAGUGGUGGCAGGAAUCCUGCCACUUUCCCCCCCUCGUGCUCCUCAAAAGAGUUCACCUAUGGUGGGGACAGACUCUCUGUCAGACUCUGCCCAAACUCUACCCACUUGGCAAACCUCUUCUCCUCUCCUGGGAGAAAAUCUUUCCUUGCUUUCCUCCCCACCCAAGAAACAUAAAGCCUGGAGGUUUCAGAUAUCAGAAACUUGGAUCCUACCACCAUCCACACUUCCUGCCAGACCUGGCCCAUCUUCCUUGGGAGUGAGGUCUCAGAGUAGGCAGGGAGGAAUUCUGCCUCAUUCAGCCACCAAGGGCUCCCCUAAGUAGCUGAGAGAAUGGGGCAGAAGAUGGGGCUACAACAUAUGGGCCUCUUCGGUGCUUUUCAUUGGGGCCCUCGAUGGGCAAGGGGAACAACUGGCCCAACCCAAGCAGUCCCACCGAAUGCCACUUGCAUACCACUAGGGCCAGUCAAUUGUCUCAUCCUUUAACUGCUGCCCUGAGACCGCCCCCCACCCCCACCCCCAUCCCUCAUAGCUUAGCAUGCCAACAUUUCAUGUAUUCUCUCCCCUGGGUUUCCUGUUUUCUUGCAUUGUGGAAUCCCAGAGCACUUCAGGGAGAAGCUCAUUUGUGGCACUUACCCUGACCUACAACACUAAGGGCAUUUAAAGAGACCAACAAUACACUCAGGGAAAAUUUUAGUCCAUCGAAUCAUCUGCCGAAAGCAAUAUUAAAACUUUCAAAGACUCCCUCUUGCCAAUUGCUAGGACAUUGGAAUAUACAUUUAAGGAGCUGCUUUUUUGCUUUGUAAUCACCUCCCACCCUCUUCUGCUGGAUUCAAUCAGCAAUAGGCGCUGCAGCCCUAGUGACAGAAUAUGUCCCAGCCAUAAUGAUGGCUGCUGUCCCAGACUUGACAGCCCUCUCCCAGCAGAUGUGUUCCACUCCACAAUAUUACCUUACUACCACCACCCGGCAGCCCUGGAAAAGGCAAUGCAGGAGAAAAAUAGUGACGCAGGAUGAAGGGAGUCAGGGGAAGUAUCAUCGUCAUCAUCAUCAUCAUCAUCAUCAUCAUCUGAUUUAUUGAAGCUCAACUGUAUCCACAACACUGUUUCAAGUACUUGGGAACACACAAUAAAAGUAAAGACACAGCCCCGAACUUGGAGAGCAAGAAGGGUUUGAGCACUGGACUAGCUUGGGUGUGGUUGGGAAAAUUUGCAUGGGAAUGCCAACCCUGUGGGUACUGCCCACCGCCUGGUAUAUGGCAGGGGGGAUCCCAAUCCGCUUCUCCCCUAGAUUUGCUGCACGAUUCCUUUUCAGGAAGAACACAGCUUCACUCUGCUCUUUCAGCUACAAGGAAAGUCAGCUAGGAAUGUCAGAAACUCCUGGGACCACUAAAGGGCAUAUAUUCUCAUAUUCUUGGUUCUUAAAAUAUUUGCUUGUAGACCCUGGCCUAGUUUGGGUACACUUUGCGGCCAAGGGGUGGAAGAGAGCUAGUGCCGUAGUUUUGAGCUGAGUUGCUGGAGUGCCAGGAUGGGAAGCAACUGUCCAACAAUCUGGGGCAUUUGGAUACCUGAUCAAAAUCCUGGCAGGUUGGGGCUGAACACUAGCUUGGCAUUUAUAACCACAGGGGAACAGCCCAAAUGGCCAACUCAGGAUCAUUCUGAGGGCCCAGGUGGGCCCACGGAGUAAUAGACACCCAGGUUCUUUUUUCUUCCUUUUAAUUCUGUAAUCCAGGGUACCCAAAAUCUGACCUUUAGUGUCUGACCUCUGGAGCUGUUACAUCUGCCCUGAUUGCUGCUUCGGAUUCCUGCCAGUUAAGUUAUAUCAGAGACUAACUUUGCCUUAAAAAGAAAGGGUUUCAAGGUAAAUCGGUAUAUUUUGUUGAAAAACUGUUUCUAGCCUUUGUUUGUGGAACUGUUUCUAGCUUUUGUUUGUGGAGGUAUGCGAUUGGAGGGUGGGGAAAGAGGGUUGUAUAUAAUCAGCCUUUGAAAUAAAGGGGAAAAUAUAUCUAAAAAUC